AAACACACCAGGGAAACCAGCAGCUUUCAGGAGAUUUUGCUUCUGCUACAUAACGACAACAAAAGUCCUUGUGACAUACUCAGCAGCAAUCUCCACAUCACCCUUUGCUACUAAACCAGACUUUAUUUUUCUGAGGAUUUUGAAUAGAGGGUGGUCUCAGCUGCAAGCAGCAGUAAUCACCUCAUAAGCUGAGAGUUUGCUGGUUACGGCUGGAGAUCCGAUGGCUUUCAGUAACAGUUGUUGCUUACAAAAUUGCUGUUACCAUGAAAACUCCCUCAGCAUUCAAGCAACAAAGCAAGAUAAAGCAGUAGGAAAUGAGCAUUAAAUAAGAGGGAAGUAAAACAGUGCCCAGCACUGCCUGUCAGUGCUGCCGUGCACAUUCAUUUUCUGAAAGCACUCCAAAUCAGCAGCUAGAAGAAAACGUUAGGAGAGAAGGAGCUUUGAAAGUGCAAACAAUAGCAGGUUUAACUUUCCUAACAGCCACAAUAUACCUAGCAAUACUGGGGACACAGUGAGUCUCAAAAUGGACAAGUUGGGAAAGGGUUCUGGAUUCAGGAGAAAUACCUUGGUUAGGUCUUGGCAACCAGCAACCACACCUCUGGGGCAACCAGCCUCAGCUCCAUCUGUGUCUCUCGGCAGCACCCAACCCAGAAGACCUGUCAUUGCACAACCGGCUACUCGGGCCUGGGCUGAUGAGCAGGCAGCACUGCAGCAGGACCAGGUUCAACAGGAUAAGAUCUGGAGAGAGUCUGUGGAGGCUGAACAGAGAGCAAGAAAAAUCUGGUACCACAACUGGAGUUUCCUAAAGGACUAUGACCAAAUGGGUAGCAAAAAGGAGCAGAAGCCUCUGCCAAACUAUAUGCCUGUGUUCUCAAGCAAAGUUCCCAACUCGACCAACCAGACUGUUGGCAGUCGAAUGAAUACUGAACUUGGCAGGGCUCUGGUAAACAUGGAUUACUUCUUCAGCAGUGGAGCACGAAAGAGGAAACUUGAGGGUGAGCUCCAGCUUUCCUAGUGCUUCAGUAAAAACACAACCGUAACAAAGCAAGUUGAAUGGUUCUAGCCAACAGAUUCCACAGCACGUACAAAAUGCCUCAAUUUUUUUUCUCAGAGAGACCAAUACUACUGUCUAGCACAGACCUUCUUUAAGACCAAAGAUGGAUGUUGUCUAACAAUGUCGUAGGAGGCAAUACUCUUUGUAUUUGGGGGGACUGGGCCAUAUAGAGAGAGUUAGCACUACUGAUCUCAUCCAUCUUCCCAUGCAAGUCUACAGUAAGGUUGCCACGAACAUCAGAAAGAAUAAGAUUACAGCCAAAAGGCAAUUUCUUCCUGAACUUUUAUCUCCUGAAAAUAAACAAUUAAUGAAGACCCACUCAGAUGAAUCCCAACAUAAACAAUAUACAUUCAAUUCUGAAAGUCAGUGCAAUAAAAUGCAGCAGCUUGUUGCACUUCAUGUAGUUAGCCAAGGAUUGAUCAGCCUCUGUCAUCUGCAUGUUUAAGCUUGCUCUAAAGAAUAAAAUUUAAGGCACGUGAGAUGUGUUCUAUGCUUUUUCACCCCUCCCUUAGCAGGGAGGGAGACCAAAUUUUUUUCACACUAGUUUUCAUUUUUGUUUCUUUAGAUUUGCUGCUCUCAGAUUCCCUUCUCGUAUUCUUUUUUUCUGGUUUAGCUGAUGGAAACUCAUUGACAAGGAAGCAGGCUUUCACAUUUUGCUCUGAAGGCGUGUUGUCUCAGCAACCUGUCUUACACUCUUAGGACCAUCAGCCUUGAAUUUAACAGGUUCAUAAUUCCUAAAAUCUGUGGUUGCCUAGAGAAACCAUCACCAAGCUAAAUCGACACAAUACCUAAAGCCUGUUCACUAGUGCAUCUUCAUUAUAUAGGUGCAAACUUUGUUUAUGACCUUGUUGUUCUGUAGGGAAAAAGCAGUAAUCAGCAGAGCAUGGAGAAAGUACAUACAAUAUAUGCCUUUUGAACUCUAUGUAGCUUCUGUACGAUCAUGCUCAGUCCUAGGUGGGGAUCAACACAGAAGCCAUAAGCAUUGCCUUGAUACAACAGGCUGCAAUCUCUCACCAGACUAAGGUGGAGAUGCGUAUAUUUAUGUUUUGCAACUAAGGCUAUUUGUUUUUAUUAGACUUCAGCAGCAGAAAGAGUUCAAAAGCACAAGAGGUGGUAUGGAAGAGUGUGAUCAGUGUCAACACCUGAGUGGUCUCUGGAAAAAAACAAAAAGACGCUGUAGAAAGAAAAGCCAAAUCCCACUCACUGAAAUCACAGCACCAGGCAGUUCUCCUCCUGGCUUUCUCAACACAGCAAGAACUGGAGGAUUAAGGCUUUUAGGAUGACAGCUAAGCUACCUAAAGAAGGAAGACCACAUCAUGCAAUCAGCCCAAGUGAGGAGGACUGGUUCCACUCUGUGCAGACAUGAAUUGCGAUAGACAACUGUGUUCAGACAUACCAAAUGGGAACCUACUCUUUAAAAAAGGUAUCCUUUUGUUCAGCUAAAAUGCUUUCUGUUCUCUCCUGUGAGCAGAAAACUGCACCAGGAACUGGUUUAUCUUCAAACAUCUGAAGGAGGGAGAGGAGAUCAAGCCUUUCCUUGUCCCCAUGCUGUCCAGAUCUUCUUCCAAAAACUGCACAGGCCACUCAGAGGUUACAUAUUUAUUGGUGAUUGCAAAAUACUGAAAGUCAUUACACUUGCAUGCCUUACUCUGAGACAUACUGAGCAGCCUCCUGUCUUGCUAUGGGUCAUAAGCUCUACACUGAGUGGCAGAUGUCCAGUAUCUGUCAGGCUCAAGCUCCUAUUCAGGUAAGAACAUUUCGUUUAUAAAGCAUGGGGAUUUUGCUUUUCAGCAUGAAAGCACACAGAGCUCGACGUUUCCUAACCUCCAGAUGGCACUCACUCCACAUUCAAGUGAUCCACUGAAAAGGACACCAAGUUAUAGCAAGGCAGUGUUACACAAUUCCUUUUUAAUUUCAAGGGACAUUAAAUAAUUCCAGAUUCUUGACUCUGUUUGCUGUGUGUGAAUCCAGAGAGUCCCUCUCCCAGAGAGUUCCCGCAAACUGGAGGGUAUGGGAAAGAGGAUGGCCUAAGCAGUGCACAAUUUAACCCUCCCACUUCACUUAGCACUGGCAUUGUUUCAGCUGAAGCACUUCUUCCAGUUUUGGACAAGACCUUCCAUGUCUUACAAUAAAAAUGUGGGCCACUAGGCAGAGCCUAGAGAAGCAGUGAUGGUAACUGGAGUACGGGAAGAUACGUCUUAUGAGGAAAGAUUAAAAAGACUGUAAAAGUUUAACCUGAAGAGGAAAAAGCAGUCUGGGAGGAGGAUAGCAGUCUUUAGAUACAUGUAGAGUUCUGAAAUGAGAAAAGGAAUAAUUUGCACUUCAUGUAAGUGGCAGACAAUAGUAAAAAUAACAGGCUUAAAUUAUAGCAAGGAAGAAUCAUGUUAACUUUUUGGGAAGCUAGUAGUCAGGCUAACACAGCAUUGAAAUAGAUUCCCUGAGGAAUCUCCACCUUUGAUGGUUAAACACACACAUCCACCAAGAAUGACAUAUUUAAUAGGGUUUGUCUCUUAGUGUAUAAAUUGAAUGACCAUCUGAAGAGCUUUUCACCAAUUCUCUGACUACACCAGAGUUGGGAUCAGAACACACUUUGCAAACAUGAUUUUUCAAACACAUUCAAAAAGAAUAGUAAAAAAUCCUUUUUCAAUUACACCAGGUUUAAAUAGAUUGCACCUCUAAAAUACAGAUUAAUCACCUGAUUUUUUUGAUAGAAAAUAUAUUUCUAGUUCUUCUAACUACUCAUAGAAAAUGCUUUUCACAAAGUCUAGACAUGCUUCGCUUAAUUGCACACAUCUGAGAGGCUUGACUAGUGCCCUCCUGACAGCCAUGUAAGAACACUUCUCAAAGAGCACAUUCAUGUCAUUAUGUCACAUGUAUGAAUGGUGACAACUAAUUUUCUUUCAACAAUUUCAGGAAGCCUUUAUUAAUGAAGUGUAGUCCUGAUUGUGUCCUUAAUCAGAUAAAGCACCUGUUGAGAUGCCAGGCAGUUCCUGCACUGGGGUACUUGCAGUGAUUACAUGUAUACCGCACAGUAAGACCCCCCCACACCCCUGCACUCCUUCUCAGAUGUACUGCUUUGCACAGGUCACUUCAGUCCAAUAGAUCACAAUAGGAAAGACUGUAGGUAUACCUGAAGUGGAGCCAAAAUAUGCAAGGAUUUUUGGCUUAAUCAUUGAAGCGUGCAACCUUGGAAAAUGUAGCUCUGUGCCUUGUUGCAAGACCACAGCAACCCACAACUGUACUGCCUCUUUUGAUACGGAAUUAAGUUAAUACCUUGACUUUCUGAUUGAGCUAAUUGAAAUGACUCAAAAAUACUGGUGGCAACAACUGAAUAGGAAUAGCUCUGUUCACCCCCAAAACUCCAGUUCAUUCCUAUUUCCUGAUGAAAUCAACAGCAACUCUUAAACACUUGACGUCUUAAGGAGUACCUCUAAGGGGAAAGUGACUGUUUAGAGAACAAAGUUUCCCAUGUAGAAUAGAUCUGAUAAUCCAUGCGAUAUGGGAACGUCGUAUUGCACUGGACACCUUAUUUUGUUCAAUUAUUACACUUCCUUUGGAAAUGCAAAUUAUUUUAUGCUGCUGCAGUUAGGCCUCCUCUGGUACCCAGUGUUAUGUUUCCAAAGUUAGUUUGGAUCUUUCUACCACAUACAGUAACCUCCAGAAAGGCCUUUUGGGAAUAUCCAAGGCCCUAAUCAAAACUGCCUUAGCAUCUGCGAGUAGAAGGCAGCAAACAGAUAUCCCCUAGAUGCCAUUUUCAUCCCAAGUUUAACAAUCAUUUUUCUUUUACCAUAAAUAACUUUGCCAACUAAUCCUUAUUUACACAAGCAGAGUCUCUUGGAAAGACUGGAUGAGAUGGCAACAGCAUUGAAAUCUGCAAAUAAUCAGUGGAAAUUCCAUUUAUUAAAGAGAUUGUGUAAAUACUAAACUGUGUUGUAAGCUUCUUGUAAAGAGUUCUUAUGAUGUAUCACUUGUGCUUCAGUUUUACAAGCUUUUUUCCCUUUUGCUGCCAGAUCUCAAACAAGAGAUUAUACAUGUUUAGACAAUUCAUUUUCUGUAUUUCUUUCAGUUAAAGAGCACAAGUGGGUAGCUAUGUUAAUUUAAUUCUUCAGUUAGAUACACUGCUUUCUCUGGUGGACUUUUAAGGAUUGUUAAUAUUAAUUGUAACUUGGUGCAUUGAUGCUUCCAGCACCUCCAAAUGUUGUAUGUUCUCAUGUUGAGUUCCGCUUAUAAUAAAAAAGUGUGAAAAAUAUAUUUUUUAACAAAACAUAA